AGAGUGACCCCAAGAGUGUCCAGGGACUCGGACUUCAGCUCAAGGUGGCGAGAAAGGAGCAUUUGGCAUCUCUGAACAGCAAUGAGUACCUGGGCCACACGGCCCCGGAGCCGGCGAGGGAGGCACGCUCCACCAGGUGAACUGGAUCCUGUGGCUGAGAGUUCAGAAGAGGUGGAGGCAGCCAGCGGCUUCAAGCCCAGCCCUGCCCUGCCUCCCCAGAGCUCUGGGCCAGAGUUGUUGGGACCCAUAGCUGAAGUCAGUGGCCAGGACCUGGGGACCUGGACCGACAAGGAGACCAAUGGGAGCUCUGGCAGAGGACUGGCCUCAGUUCCUGAGGGACCCCAUAAGCCUGCAGUGGAAGCCCACCAGGCCCCAGAGGCAGCCCUACAGGACAGAGAAUCUGUCCUCUCUGGGACGGCGACCCCUGAUAUGUUUCAGACCCUCCAGAAUGCUCUGAGCUCCCUGGAGGCAGCUGCUGCUGUCUGGCGCCACCGGCCCCCAAGCUGUCCUAGAAAAAUGGAGGUGGAAGACAGAAGCAAGGGGGUCCCAGGGCCCCUUGGCAAACACGAAGCGGCAAGGGGCUGUGAGCGGGAAGCAGCUUCCCUAGCAGAGAGGAAUACCUGGCUCCGGCUGGCCCUGGGCAGCCGUGAGGAUGAGCUGCUCCGCACACAGGCUUCCCUGCAAGCCAUCCGGGCAGAGAAAGAGACACUGCAGAGGGAGGUUCAGGAGCUGCAGGAUUCUCUGUUGAGGCUGGAGCCCUUCCCACUUCCCUCCCACAGCCAAGUGGGUGGCUCAGGCAGUGGUUCCAGCAGCUCUGGGGCAGACAGGGAGCCCUGGGGGACUCAGGACUCCAUGUCCCUGGCUCACCCCCUGCUCUGGCACCUUCAGAGUGAUUCCAGCACCCAGAUUCUUGGGUCUCCCCCCACCCAGGCCCUCUCCCCUGAGAUCCACAUCAUGGAAACCCAGAUGGAACAGCUCCAGGGGAGUAUCGAGAAGCUCAAAUGCUUUAACCGUCUGCUGUCAGCUGUGCUCCAGGGGUACAAGGGCCGCUGUGAGGGCCUCAGCAUGCAGCUGAGCCAGCGGGAAGCUGAGGCCACGGCACUGCAUCUAGCCUUGCAAUACAGCGAGCACCGUGAGGAGGCAUACGGGGUCCUGCUUGCUCUGUGUGAGGCCAACUCAGGAGCAGGGGAGGAAGCCCUCAUGGCUGACCUGCAGGCAGCUGAAAAGGAAGCAUGGAGGGUGCUGGCACGGGAAAAGGCUGCCAUGGAUGGAGGGACGCUGCGGGAUCCACAGCCAAGCCCAGAGGGCAGCAGUGUGGAUAAGCCCACACCACAGGAAGUGGCUAUUCAGCUGCAAGACUACAUCCAGCGUCUCCAGGAGCACCAUGCUCUCGUGAAGAUUCCCCCAGAGCCUGGCCCUACCUUGGCACCCAUGCCUACUGUGCCUCGUGCAGAAGCCAUGGUGCAAGCCAUUCUGGGGACCCAGCCCGGCCCAGCCUUGCCUCGACUGGAGAAGACGCAGAUCCAGAAGAACCUUGUGGCCACAAGGGAGACUCUGGCAGACCUGAUGUUACGGCUACAGCUGGUACGCCGGGAGAAGCGAGGCCUAGAAUUGCGGGAGGCUGCCCUCCGAGCACAGCGCCCAGUUCACAUGCUCCUGCUGGAGCAGUUGCAGUGGGAGCGAGCACAACUCCAGGCUGGCGGGGCGAAUAGCAGUGGUGGAGACAGCAGCAGAGGUGGGAGCAGUGGGGACGAGGAGUGGUCUCAGGGCCCUCCUGCUGUCCUUGGUGGCAGCAGUGGCAUUGAUGGAGGCCAGGUAGGCAAAAUAUGGGAUCCAGAGAAGUUAGUGCAGGAACUAGCAGCGUCACUUACUAGGUCCCUGGGCCUGCGAGAGCAGCUGCAGUCUCUACGAGAAAAGCUGGAACAGAUGGUUCAGAAGGGUCAAGCCAGACAGGCUCAGAAUGCUGAGCUGAAUAGCGAUUUAUGCAAAGCCCACAGUGCCCUGGUCCUGGCCUUCCGAGGAGCCCACCGAAAGCAGGAAGAGCAACGUCGGAAGUUGGAGCAGCAGAUGGCACUCAUGGAGACCUGGCAGGCUAAGGAACUGGCAGUGCUAGAAGCCACUGCAAGGGCCCUGGGGAAGCCCAGUUCUCCCCGCCCACCUCCUCGACUAGGGGAGACCUUUCUCUAGACCCUGCACCCAGAUAUGUCUGGAUGUGCCAGAGAGUUGUGGCAGACUAUGUCAUAAAUUGUCCUGGAGUAAU